GUUACAUUUUCACAUUCUUUUCAAAUAUUUUAAACGAGAAUUGAUUUCCAAGAGUUUGAACCCUAAGUAAUGAACCGAAUGGACAAAAGCACGGAAUCCAACGCUUCGGAGCCGGUCUUCCACGACCUGCAACCCAGUCCUCCCAUUGAAGACACGCCACAAGUAAAAGAAGAAGAAGUGGACGGCACAGGACUUCAAGAGUUGAGUCACUUCUGGUGGUGUCCUUACUUCGCACACAACAGCCAAUGUCCAUACAUUGCCAACACUGGAUCCGCUGUCGCAAACAGUUGGCCACAAAAAUCAGUUCAAAGUGAACGCAAGCCAUACAAAAGCCGGACGACGGGAGCGGCAAAGAGUGUGACAAAUGGAUCGACUGAUUGCAAGAUUGAGAGACUGUAUUCGUGCCGACUAUGCAAUGGUGUGCCCGAAACCAACGACGAGACGAGUUUUCGCAAACACAUUGAACUUCAUUUGGGAAAAGAGAGACCAUUCGUGUGUCAGAUCUGCGACAAGUUAUUCAAUUUCCGGUCCAAUUGUCGCAAUCAUGUGAUGGCUCACUGCGUUGUCCGCAAACAAUAUCACCCAUAAGUGUCGAGCCAUGAGUUUUGGUUACAAAAUUUUGGUCAUUAACUUUAAAAUACUUUUCAUUCGCUC